UUUGCCAUCUUUGCUUCUUGUGGCUGUUUUUUAAUGUACACACGCUAGCUGAAAGAAAAUUUUGUUUUUCGUCGGUAUUUUGGUGAAAAAGAAGCCUUUCAUUUACUUUAUCGUUACGCGAGAGCCAUGGAGACGCUUCUGGAGCAACAGCGGCGCUACCAUGAAGAGCGCGAACGCCUGGUCAAACUGAUGGUGGACGAGCAUGCGACCAAGAAGCCGGGCGAAAAGGAGCGCAUCCAUUCAGAGCACCGGCUGAAGUACCUCAUGGAACUCCACCACAACGCCACGUCGCAGCUGCGCGACCUGUACGAGGACAAGGACAACGAGCGAAAGGCGGAAAUUGCCGCCCUUUCGGGACCUAAUGAGUUCAACGAAUUCUACGCCCGUCUCAAGCAAAUCAAGCAGUUCUACAAGUCCCACCCGGCGGAGGUCAGUGUCCCGCUGUCCGUCGAGUUCGAUGAAAUGAUCCGGGUGUACAACAACCCGGAUGACAUGAGCGCCCUGGUGGAGUUCACAGACGAGGAGGGCGGCGGCCGGUAUUUGGACCUCAACGAGUGCUAUGAGCUCUAUCUGAACCUGCGGGCGGUGGAGAAGCUCGACUAUAUCACUUACCUUAUGUCCUUUGACCACGUCUUCGACAUACCGCGCGAGCGGAAGAACCGCGAGUACCGGAAGUACAUAGAGACCCUCAAUGACUACCUGCACCAUUUCAUCCUGCGUAUACAGCCCCUGCUUGAUUUAGACGGGGAGCUUCUGAAGGUGGAGCUAGACUUUCAGCGCCAGUGGCUUCAGGGCACGUUCCCCGGGUUCUCGCUCAAGGAGACGGAGUCGGCUCUGGCCAACACCGGCGCUCACCUUGACCUUUCCGCCUUCUCCAGCUGGGAAGAGUUGGCUUCGCUGGGACUGGAUCGUCUGAAGUCCGCGCUGGUGGCGCUGGGUCUCAAGUGCGGCGGCACACUGGAGGAGCGCGCCCAGCGGCUAUUCUCCACUAAGGGGAAGAGCACUUUGGAUCCCGCCUUAAUGGCAAAGAAACCGAGCGCCAAGUCAGCCAGUGCACAAUCCCGGGAGCACGAGCGACACAAGGAAAUCGCUCAGCUGGAGGCUCUCCUCUACAAAUACGCGGAGCUUCUUUCCGAGCAGAGAGCGGCCACCAAGGAGAAUGUGCAGCGAAAGCAGGCUCGGACCGGGGGCGAGCGGGAUGACAGUGACGUGGAGGCCAGCGAGUCGGACAACGACGACGACCCCGAUGCCGACGACGUACCGUAUAAUCCCAAGAACCUUCCGCUCGGCUGGGACGGGAAGCCCAUACCCUACUGGCUGUAUAAGCUGCAUGGUCUGAACAUAAGCUACAACUGCGAGAUCUGCGGCAACUUUACCUACAAGGGACCCAAGGCCUUCCAACGCCACUUUGCUGAGUGGCGCCACGCGCACGGCAUGCGCUGUCUGGGCAUCCCCAACACCGCCCAUUUUGCCAAUGUCACACAGAUAGAAGACGCAAUCACGCUGUGGGAGAAGCUGAAGUCGCAAAAGCAGAGCGAGCGCUGGAUAGCCGACCAGGAGGAGGAGUUCGAGGACUCGCUUGGCAACGUCGUCAACCGGAAAACGUUUGAGGAUUUAAAGCGCCAAGGACUGCUCUAAAGGGCAGAGUUUUGAAUUGGCAAUCGUAUGCGGUGAACAGUAAUCUUUUGAAGAUCCGAAUAAGUUUUUCUAAAAAGUAAUAAUAGAUUAUGUUCAAGAGAAGUUGGGUUUUUACUUUUUUAUUUCAAAAAUAACACUGAAAGAGAUAAAAUUCAAAUAGACAUUUCAGCGCAUUGUUUUUGUGAAAAAACUUAAUAGUUCAUAAUCUAAGAUUACCAUACGAUUACCAUAGUCUAUUUUAUUUUAAUAAAAACUAAGGACUUGUAAACUGUACGGUUUAAUACAUAAUCAACGAUAAA